AUGAAUACAGGUGAUGACGAAGCUUGGAGUAGUGGAGAGUCAGAGCCUGAAGAAGAUGUUAUUACAGACAGAACUAUUGCUUGUGAUGUUGAUUUACUUGAUAACAAACGUGAUGAGAAUAUACCAGAUGUACACUAUGAUCCUUAUUUUUACCCAUCUAUAAAAACUUUUACUGAACAAACCAAUCUUUUUCAAGAACAAAAUCCCGAACCAGAUCGAAUACAUAUGAAGCAGUGGACUCCUAUUAGUGAAGACGAAUUAUGGAUAAUGAUUGCUUUAUCAAUAAACAUGGGUCAUGUUGUAAAAGGGCAACUACAGGAUUGGAGCCAAGAUCCACUGCUGUACACUCCAAUAUACGGCGAAAGUCUAUCUCGAAAUAGAUAUCUUCAAAUUUUACGAUACCUUCACUUUUUUAAUAAUGAAGAAGUUUCCAAUCAUCCUUUGAAAAAAAUCAAACCAGUGAUAGAUCAUUUGAAAGAAAAGUUUGGUAAUACUAUUAUUGCUGCGGACUGCGAAACAGGACUUCUCUUAGAUUUUAUAGUAUAUACUGGCUCAGACACUGAUUAUGAGAAAUUUGAUUUAGGCGGUUCUGGAAUGCCAACUCUCAGUUCAAAGCUAGAUCGUGGUGAAACAGAAGUUCCCACACCGAUUCUUGGAUGGUAA